UAUUCCUGAAAGAAAUUACUAUACGUCAGGAACAACCACCCAAAGAAGUCACUAUGAAUACGAAGUUGAUGAAAGACUUGUUGGCUUAUGCCCCUGAGUUUAGGUUUUGGAAAUAUAAAUCAUUUGAUCAACUUUUCCACCUUGUAAAAUUGAAUUCAAGUGAUGCCUAUUCCGUUGUCAAUAGUUUCAACAGUACUAUGACUUCUCCCAAAGGACCCUCUUAUUCCGUUCAAUGUGUCAUCAGAGUGGAAAAUCCAUUUUUAUUAGCACAAUUCCAUUUGAAAAGAAUCCAGUCUAACGACGAAGGGAGAUAUGCAUCAGUAACUGAGUUAUUUCAUGGAACUCAUGGUAAAAGUGUACUACCAAUAUGCAGAAAUAACUUUAACUGGCGAUUAACUGGGACUGCCAAAGGUACAAAAUUCGGACGCGGAAUUUCAUUUUCCCCAAGAUCCGAUUAUUCAAAGCACUUUACUAGCCAUUUCUACUUCAACACUUACCCAGAAUUGGAAACUGAUGGAUAUGGAAGAGUUAUGUUUAAAGCCAAAGUACUUAAAGGAACCAGCCAUAUUGGAGAAUAUUUUACUAGGGUUCCUGUGGAAGGAUAUGAUACCACUACUAAUUCUAAAUUCACAGUUUAUGUAAAAUAUCAAGAUUUUGAAUUUUAUCCAGAGUAUAUUUUAUUAAUUAAGUAGUUUAUA